AUGAAUAACAACAAACAACACUCACUAAUCUAUAAUUCAACAUUGCUUGAUUCAUUAAAUUUACAUACAAGUUCUACAUCUUCAUUCUUAACAUCAACCAAAGAUCAAGAACCAACAUUAACUAAUUUAUUAAAUAAUAAUCGUAGAAAAGCCAUUAUACCUACACCUAAUCGACCAACAAUUGUAUCACAAUCAAUUUUUCAUAAAAAUCCUGAUAAUGAAUCAACAAUAAAUACAAUUACUGACCAUAUCGACUGUGAAUCUUCUAAAGUUGCAAACAAUUCGUCUAAUACUAUUAAACAAGACGAAAUUAUUACCAGUAAAGAUCAUCAAUUACAAAUAGCACAAAACGAAGAAGAACAUCAUUUCGAUACAUUUAUUUUACAACAUUUUGUUCCAUUCUCUGGUAAACAAUCAGUUAAUCAAUGGUUAGAUGAAACUGAAAGUAAAUUUAACCAAUUCAAAAUUUCCCGACAUUUACGUUUCGAAUCAAUCUCACUUCUCGUUGAAGGGGAUGCUAAACGUUUUUAUAUUAAAAAUCGUAACGAAAUUCGUUCUUAUGACGAUUUUUACGAAUUUUUAUUAUUACAUUUCGAUAAAAAUAGUUCCAAUUCUUCUCAAGAACAAUCUCAUUCAACAUGUAUUAUUAAUACUUCCAAUCAACAAACAUCAAAUCACGCUGAACAAACUAUCGAUUCUACAGAAAAAUCAACAGAUAGUUAUGAUACCACAACAUUUACUCGUCCAUCAUCUACACAUCCUCCCACUACUGUUGUUGAUGUUGGUGCCACCAAUAUUACUGGUGAGAUACUAGACCAUAAAUCAACAACCAUUAUUACAGAUACUCCCACAAUUCUGUUUGAUCAAACUACGAAUGAUCUUCGAAAAGCAAUUCUAGAGGAUUUCAUUAAACAUCCUAAAAUAUUUAAAGGUGGUAAAGAUAAUGUAAAUAAAUGGAUCGAGGAUAUCGAACACAUGUUAGAUAUCGCACAUGUUCCCGAUCCUAGUCGAUUAGAUUUAAUCUCCUAUUCUUUACGUGGUGAUGCUCUUCAAUGGUACAAAAAUAAUAAAACUUUAUUUACUUCGUGGUCAACUUUUAUAUAUGAAAUUAAACGAACAUUCACUUCCUCGUUUCAUGAAGAAUUAGCAUUCAAAAAAUUGGAAUCCUAUACCCAAGGGGACAACCAAUCAAUUCGAAAUUUCUUCAAUGAAGUAUUAAAGUUAUGUAAAGAAGCUGAUCCUACUAUGAGCGAAACAACCAAGUUAAAAAAUCUUCUCAAUAAAACCAAAUCAACAAUCCAAUUCGAAGUUCGAAAGAAAAAACCUACUACCACUGCUGAGUUUCUUGAAUACGCUAAAGAUGUAGAAGAAUUAUUUCAAUUAUCAAACAUUACCAUCGAUAAUAAUAAUAGCAUUUCGUCGAUUCCUAAAGGACAACAAGCAUCUUCCUUAACUAAUGUAUCUACAUCAGGUACUACAUAUUACAAUAAUUCGUAUUCAAACAAAUAUACACCUGAAUAUUCAAACAAGCUUCGCAACAACAAUAAUAACACUUUUACUAAUAGAACUAAUCGAAAUAAUCCACAAUCAUCAACAUUUACUUCAUCAUUUUCACGUUCACCUCAAUCGUCAACAAAUCAAUCAAGAAUUACGACUCAACAAUAUCCAUCAAAUAAAUAUAAGUCUUUAUUUAAUAAUACUAGUAGUGGUCAGCCUCGAUCUAAAACAUAUCAAAUAAAUUCUUCAAGUACUAAUCAACCACGUCAACGUACUGCAAAUACACUUUUUUCACUAGAUACACCACCUGAUACUAAAUUGGAACAAGAAUCUUUUCCAUCUAUCCUUUGUACACAAUGUAAUCAAUUUGGACAUGAAGCUUCUUCAUGUCAAAAUUUUUAA